CUUAGACAUCGACGCAUUUUCGUCUCUUAAGCGUGAAAUGGCUUUUAAAGCAUAGGGGGUUGGGAUGGUUGCGAAGUUAUUGACGUAUAUCGAACAGAUAAAACUGAAGUGAAGUGUCACUUACUUAAAAAAAAAUGAAAAAUAAGUAAUUGAAAUAUGAUCUAAAACGAAGCCUUUCGUCUCUACACGAUUCUCCAACUGUCGUCUAUCUGAUAAUUUAAUAUCUAUGAUCUGUCUCACUGACAUUUGAGAUCUAUGAUUAUGUUUACGUGUCUCCGCAAGUAUUCCCGAAGACUCUCAUCAACAGUUCGCCACUGGAAACUGCUGGUAGUAGUCCUGUCAGCGACGGUUAUCCUAUACACUCGGCUCCAUAACGGAGAAACUAACCAGAUAUCCUACGACGAAGUCCCACAGUCCUUCGCAACUCACGCGAGCGAAAUCCUGCGAUACGAAGGAUACCCCGUGACUGAGGGUUGGCUCUCAGAAUUGAGGAUUCCUGUAGGAUGCUCAACGCUUGGAAUCUGCGGCGAUGGAUCUGGAAGGAUGCGUCUCCGUUUCGUCGAGGAGUUUGAUUAUGAGAUGAGAGCUCCAAUGGCCCCUUCGGAAGAGAUUCACAUCCUUCCAGCGUCGAGGGAGGUCGCCGCUCAUAGGACGUGGCCUUCGGGGAAGGAAUCCCGCCUGAGAGAUGUUCGGGACUACUUUGAUCACCUGGAGACGCCCCAGAUGUCCUGCAGGAAGCUGGUUAUGGUCGGAGGAUCCCCCACUUGCGACCGCGCCAGCACUUUCCUCGACGGGCAUAAAGCGCUAUGCAUGGACCCACAGCUCGAGUUACUCCCCGGUGGUGGCCUCCCUGACAAAUGCCUAACGCUGUCCUUCGGCGUCAAUUUCGACACGACCUUCGACAGAGCCGUGGCUGAUCUGCCCUGCGAAGUCCACCUGUUCGACAUUCUAGAUUUCUCGCCCGUCCAACUUCUAGAGGAGAAGAACCACGUUCGUUUCCACAAGGUAGGACUGGCCGAGACGCGGCGCGAUAAUUUCUACACUGACAUCAACCAGUCCCUCCCAGUGAACUCGAUAGACGGGCUCUUAGUCGACUACGAGCUGAUGUUUAGGCCUAUACACGUCCUGAAGCUAGAUAUCGAGGACGACGAGUGGGCAGUCUUCAAACAUUUGGUGAAGCAGCCCAUUUUAGAUGCAGUAGGACAGAUCGCCAUGGAAGUACAUGCCGAAGCCCUGGGGAAACUGCCAACCAAAAAGCAACUGCCUUACAUCCAGAAAAGAUACAGGAUACUCAGAGCUAUAGAGGAAAGAGGUUUCCGUCUGGUGGCCUACUGGCCUAAUCGCCAGCCCCGUGGCUACAAAGACGCAGAUACCGGUCGACAUUACGACCUGUGCGGGGAACUACUUUACGUCAAUUCGAAUUGGUACAAUGCCACCUUCAAGAAUACCCUGAAGAAUUUUGGGUUUCGGUUCCAGUAAUAUUUUCAAGCAGCAUAUUGAGUCUUCUUUAAAUGCUUGUAAUGGUAUAACCAUCUGCGAAAUAAAUAAGUCAAUAACAAUAACAUUGAGAAUGAAAGCACAGGAUAGAGAGGUAAUAUAUUAGCUCAUUCGUUACAGGAAACACUAAAGUGAGAGACGUUUUCUAUAAUAGAACUCAACACUCCAACAUUGCUUUGAGGUCGGAAGAUCUAUAUGAAUAUCACCCAAGAAGACAAAUAUUUUGGUAUUUGGGGGGGGGGGUUCACUACUCAGAAUUUUCAAUUAAACGUCAUUGGCUUUUUUAUUUAACUGUUAAAUCUUUUCCUAAUUAUGACUGUAGGAAACCCAUUGUCAUUGCAAAAACGAUUUAUGAAAUCGCCAGUGGAUCUAUGGUGCUCACCUAAUGGAAAUUACAUAUUUCAUAAGUUUAUCCUUAAACAUAACCCACCAAGUCUCGUUUUUUAUAGUAAUUCCCAAACUACAUUUUCUUUACUCUUUUAGAAAGGUAAACUUAAUCAAUUAUUUGUUGUUCACCGUAGUUCGCGAUACUCUUGUAUUAUUAUUAUACAGAAGACAAAACCUAUUCAUAUGGAACAACCCUACAAAAGGGGGGCAUUGACUUGAAAUUUAAGCUUUCAAAUAAUAUGGUGUUUAUUAAGACGAAGCAAGAUAUGUAAAAAUUGCCAAAUUACCUCAGUGGUCCCUUGUUUGGUACCGAGACCUGACUACCAAUUACGAAAAGUCGCCGACUUUGUGUUUAUGAUUUUCUUUAUAUUUGUCUUUUUUUAUCAUCAUAGUAUUUGCUGUCUCUUGCUUAUGAAUUUACUUUCAUCCCAAGGGACUGGUACCGAAAAACGGACUCAUUUUGCACGUAAACUGGUACUACUAGUUACUGAACAGGAUGGGUGCCGUAGUUAGCCUUUAUUUUUACCAAUUUAUGUUACGACAAUAGUUGCUGUCGACCUUGAUGAAAGAGUUUGCCAACCAACAGAUGUUCUAUGCUGUAUGUUAAAUUAAAUACCCUAAUAUAGUGAUUUUGGGGUAUAUUAUGUCUGUGAAUGUAAAAUUAUACUUGUAAAACCAUGACGAUCACACACACAUACAUCUUACUAUAAUGGUCGUUAUGUCUGCCCAUCCGUCUGUCAUUCAAUCACGGCCAAACGGCUGGUCCGAUGGGCAUGAAACUUGGCAGGGUUAUGGUGGGGACCCCUAAGAUGGUUUAUAAAGGGGUUUCAUCCUAACCUCCCACCCCCGCUCCUCCCUGUAAUUUGCUAGUAUAUGAAAUAAUCAUUCUGACACAUGAUUUAUAUCAUUCAUACCACAGAGAAAAAUAAAAUAUUAGGUGUGGGCUAGAUCGUAGCUUAAUGAAGGACUAUGUCAGUGGCUUAGAAAUAAAGCAGAAACCAGACAGGACCCAUACCAAAUCUUAUUUUUCUUUAGUAGUAACUGACGUGAUUGUCAUGCUAUAUAAAAAUGCACGUUAGUGAGCAUUUUAUUUGUAUGUAUUAUGUGUAU